AGAUUUCUUUACUGAUCAGUGAUCACUUCUCUCACUUCGCACUGCACGGAGUAUACUCUCUCGAUGCCCCAGAGGGCGAGAACCUAAACACCCCGCUGCAAACCUUUAUCUUGCGAUUCUUCCUUGGCGGUAGGCGCAGGCCAUCGCAUGCUGUUGCGUUGAUCAGUAACUUCAAUCAUGGCAGCAGACAAAGAUACCAACCUCUCCGACAUUGAAAACGAAGACGAGCUCGACGAAGAGCCUGGAGAGGUGAUUGAAUCCGCCCCACCUCUCAAGGUAGGAGAGGAGAGGGAGAUUAACAGCUCUGGCGUGAAGAAGAAACUCCUUAAGCGUGGCCAGGGGUGGGACACUCCCGAGUUUGGCGAUGAAGUUACUGUUCAUUACGUCGGUACUUUACUUGAUGGAACCAAGUUCAAUUCCAGCAGGGAUAGGGACGAGCCUUUCACUUUUAAGCUUGGUCACUGUCCACUUGUGGCUGGUUUGGAUCAGGGGAUUAUUACCAUGAAAAAGGGGGAAGUAUCAUUGUUCACAUUGCCUUCUAAUUUGGGGUACGGAACCAAAGGCUCCGAUGGCGUCCCACCCAAUUCCGAUAUUCAGUUUGAGGUGGAGCUCAUCUCUUGGAUCACGGUGGUGGAUAUCUGCAAGGAUGGUGGGAUUAUCAAGAAAAUUUUGGAAAAAGGGGAGAGAAUUGAGCAGCCGGGUGACUUGGAUGAGGUUAUGGUAAAAUACCAAGCGAUGCUCAUUGAUGGAACAAUUGUUGCGAAAACACCAGAAGAAGGAACUGAAUUACAUGUGAAAGAUGGUCAUUUCUGCCCAGCGUUGGAAAAAGCAAUUAAGACCAUGAAAAGGGGAGAGAAGGUCAAAUUAAUUGUUGAAUCUAAGUAUGCAUUUGGGGAGAAUGGGAGAGAUGCAAGCAACGGAUUUCCAGCUAUCCCCCCAAAUUCUGUGUUAAACAUUGAUCUUGUAUUGUUAUCCUUCAAGCCAGUUAUUGAUGUUACUGGUGAUACCAAGGUUUUGAAAAAGAUUCUUAGAGAAGGAGAAGGCACUGUCAGUGCAAAUGAUGGAGCUGCCGUUACUAUUCGGUAUACUGGUAAGCUGCAAGAUGGUACCAUAUUUGAGAGGAAAGGCUUUGAUGGAGUGGGGCCCUUGGAAUUUGUCAUAGAUGAAGAACAAGUGAUAUUGGGGUUAGACAGAGCAGCAGCAACAAUGAAGAAGGGUGAACUUUGCAUUGUGACAAUAAAUCCUGAAUAUGGUUUUGGCAACAAUGAAAUUGAAAGAGAUUUAGCUGUCAUUCCUCCAUGUUCAACUGUUGUUUAUGAAGUAGAGAUGGUAGAUUUCACAAGGGAGAAAGCGCCAUGGGAGAUGAGUAAUCAUGAAAAAAUUGAGACAGCUGGGAUGAAGAAAGAAGAAGGCAAUGCACUAUUUAAGAAUGGGAAGUUUCAACGAGCAGCAAAGAGAUAUGAAAAGGCUACGGAUUAUGUCAGCGAAGAUGGAACAUCUGAGGAUGGAGAGCAAAAGCUGGUCAAAGCUUUACGAGUGUCUUGCUGGUUGAAUAUUGCUGCAUGCAACCUCAAAUUAAAUGACUUUCAAGGAGCAAUCAAAUUAUGCUCUAAGGUGCUGGAUAUUGAGUUCUACAAUGUGAAAGCUUUAUACAGAAGAGCACAAGCUUAUAUUGAAACUGCAGAUUUGGACUUUGCUGAACUGGAUGUCAAGAAAGCCCUUGAGGUUGAUCCUCAGAACAGGGAGUUCAAAUCAAUGCAGAAGAAACUGAAACAACUCCAAGUUGAAAGCAACAAGAGAGAUGCAAAGCUCUACACAAGCAUGUUUGCAUGGAUGAAGAAAGAUACUCCUGUGGCAACAAAGCGACUGAAGGUAGAGAAAGCAGAGGGUGAGAAGAUGGAUGAAGAUGCAAUGGCAGUGGAAAUGCAACAAAAUGAAGGGAAAACAGAGGAUGAGAAGAGGGACAGAGAUGCCAUGGCAAUGGAAAUGGAAAAGGUUGCAGUUAGUUCAGCUCCACCCAACAACGAAAUGGUGGUGGAUUCUAAUUGAUCCCCUGCGUCAUACCCUGAUUCUGAAAGCACCAUAGAGGGAACGGGACGAGGCCAAGACAGAUAUUUCAGUGAGUUCACAUCCAAUUACCGUAGUGGUUAGUGGAUUCCUUUCAAUCUUUUUUUAUAAAAGGCGGAUCCCUUUCUAUCUUAUGCACAAAAAUAUUUAAAAACUCACAAUCUACAUAUCACAAAACUUGAUUUGUGAGCAUGAUCUAAUUCACAAAUGUGGGAUAGAAGAAAAUAUAUCGUUGGUUUGAAUAGAUAUCAGACAACUAGACUUUAUGUUUCAGAGCAGCAUCAAUCAAUACCAUAUAAUGCGGUAAGUGCCUUGA